AUGGACGGACUGCCCGUGACGGUGCGCUUACUGGAUCCUCCACUGCACGAGUUCAUCCCGCACACGGAAGCCGAGAUGGCACUGGUGGCGAAAGCUGCAGGCGUUCCCCUGGAGCGGGUGCGCAGGCGCGCUGCAGAGCUGCAGGAGGCCAAUCCCAUGCUGGGCCAUCGUGGCUGCCGACUGGCCAUCACCUAUCCGGAGAUCUGCGAGAUGCAGGCGCGAGCCAUCUUCGAAGCUGCAGCCGAGGUCGGCCGAAGCUCCAAGAAGCUGCCAGUGGCAGAGGUCAUGGUGCCACUUGUGGCAACCACCGAAGAGCUGAAGCUGCUGAAGGGAGUCAUUGAGACGACGGCAGAUGCAGUGAAGAAAGAGCAGGGAAUCACCUUCAGCUACAAGGUGGGCACCAUGAUUGAGCUUCCUCGCGCCGCUUUGCAGGCUGGAAAGUUGGCAGAAAUGGCGGAGUUCUUCAGCUUUGGCACCAAUGACCUCACGCAGACCACCUAUGGCUUGAGCCGUGAUGAUGCUGGAUCCUUCCUGCCUGAGUACAAGGCCAAGGGAAUCGUGGAGACGGAUCCCUUCGUGUCCCUUGAUCCCGACGGCGUCGGCGAGCUGAUCACCAUGGCAGUGGAGCGCGGUCGCAGCACCAGGCCCCACAUGAAGAUGGGCAUCUGCGGCGAGCACGGUGGCGACCCUGCUUCCAUCGAGGUCUGCGAGCGCAUCGGCCUGGAUUACGUGAGCUGCUCGCCUUUUCGCGUGCCAGUUGCCCGACUGGCUGCGGCUCAGUCUGCCUUGAAAACCAAGGGUCAGCAGGCCAAGCAGAGCUCCACGAAGGCCACCAAGCCCCGGGUACAAAACUUCGGCCCUUGGUGA